CCUAGUUCUAGCGGCGGGGGCGGCCCGGCGCGGCGGCGCCUCCGGAAGCAGCUGAAACGAGCUCGCGGCCGUUGGGGAGUUGCUCAGGGUGAUGAGGACGAUCGAUGACAGAAUCGUCCAUGAAUUAAACACUACAAUUCCAACAGCUUCCUUUGUAGGGAAAAUUGAUGCCAGCCAGACAUGUAAAGAGCUCUACCAGUCUCUGAUGGAAGCUCACACCAGCAGAGAGAGAAUCAUCAAAAGCUGCAUUGCUCAGACUUCCAGUGCAGUGAAAGCCCUUAGAGAAGAGAGGGAAAAGGCCCAGGAUGAUAUAGCAUUAUUAAAGCAACUCAGGAAAGAGCAGACAAAGUUGAAAUUGAUGCAGUCGGAACUGAAUGUUGAAGAAGUGGUAAACGACAGAAGCUGGAAGGUAUUUAAUGAACGUUGCCGAAUUCACUACAAGCCUCCAAAGAGCCAAUGAUGUGAGGUGUUUUCUGGCAAAGUGGUCCAUAAUCAUGAACACAAAACUGGAAAGAGACGUUGGGUGAGCUGUAUUGGAACUCUCCAGAACCCAGUAGAACCCAGUCUUGUUUUGUUUUGGACCUACUUAGCUGAAAUCACAAGGUUUAAAUGAUUCUCCUGUAAUUAAGAGAAAACAACUCAUCUUUUGUACAAAAUAUGUGAACAAAUGAGUUUUAUAGUAUUAAAAUAAUUUUCAAAUGGAA